AUGACCUCGCGCCAAGAAUGCACUUUGAAGGCCAUUGUUGCAAGUUUUCCACCGCCCAAUGAAGGCUUCGAAGGCCCAAGCUCCAUGCCGGAUCCAGUACUUGUACAUCAGGCUGCGAGUUGGGGGAGCUUGGGCCACCCCGUGCUUUGCCACCGCCCUUGUGUGUACUUACUCAAAGGGAGCGCGUGUCGGCAAGGUGUUUCGUGUCAGUUCUGCCACCACAGCCAGCACUCUCCCAUUCCGAAGUUGGACCAGGAACAGAGGGCUCGAGUGCAAGGUCUGAGCGAAGGGGACUUGGUUUCCCUUUUGAUCCCACACAUCCGGGAGCAGGCGGAAGCGGCUGGGCUACUUGAGCAGGUCGGGGACUUCAUCUGCAUGCUCGACAAGAAGUUUUCUGCAGACAGGGAGCACAAGAACGACAACAUCCGAAUGAAGAUACCUCGCAAAGAGUUGUACCGGCUAAAGAAGAACUUCGGCUCUCAGCUGCAGGGCUCGGGCCUGAGUUGUGAGCUCGAAAAUUCUUUAGCCGACGCUUGUCACGACCUCGGCGAGAUUGCGGCUCAGCCGGCGGUGAUGGUGGGAAGAGGAGGCUGUCUCGCAAGCGUUGUGCUGGGAGCUUCCCUUUUUGGCACCGGCGCAGAUGACAGCCAUUGUGCCAUGCAGCUUGCUCCAGGUUCCUCCAGGAGGGGCCAGGACGAGAAGUUCGGCUUCUACUUCCCAGUCUACACGCAGCUCCCAGGGACUCUGCGGGUUCUGCAGUCCGUGCGGAGGUUUUACCCGGACUCGCCGAUCUACGUCUUCCAGGACGGUGGCAAGUACGAUUUCGGGCCACUGUGCCGUGCGAAACCGUACAAUUGCAUAUUCGCGAGGGGAAGAGAGGAGAACAGCCGUUGGAAUCCCCAUAGCUGGAUGGCUCGUUUCCGAAAUGCCACGAAGGUGCUGGGAACAGAAUACGUGAUCUAUCUCGAGCCGGAUGUGAUUGUUCGGAAGCAUCAUGUUCUGGAGCCAACCCAUGAUGCUGGCGGCAUGUACGACGAUUACAACCCAUCCACACACAAGGAGACCCUCGAGUACUUGGGCAGGAUGGGCCGCGAGCGAGAUCCAAACUUCAAUGUGUCCUGGCCUCAUUUUGGUUUGGCUGGCGGCUCCUACUUCAAGGCCGAGGCAAUCCUCGAUGCCUUCGACCCAAAGUGGCUGAGGCGCAUCGACUGGGAAGGCAUGAAGGGCCGGGAAGGCGACAAGGUGAUGAGCAGCGACUUCGCGAUGUUAGUGGCGCUUUCAGCACGGGGCUGGACGGUGUACCCAUGGGAGGAAUCCUCUCAGUACCCUGGUCCUCAGUCGACGGCCUGGGAGAGGAGGAAAUCCUUCAAUGCAGAUGCCGCUUUCGAGCACAAUCACAAGGAGCACUACCACGACAUGCUGCCUGAAUUCGAAAGAAGACUCAUCACGACGUUUGCCGACAUGCCGCAGGUUUGUGACGGCUGUGGCAGCUGCCAUGGAUGUGUUUGGUACGUCGAUGCAGACCCAAGUCGGCCGCUGCCAAUUCCGAGUAGGCAGCCGCCUGUCCCG